AAAUUUGAAAACGAUGUAUCGAACACAUUAACCAUGAAGGAAGGAAAUAGUUCAUACACUUUUGAAUGUCCUGUUGCGCCACACUGUGAAGACUACUAUGUCAUUCAGCACUAUAAAAUUAACACAAUUCAAAAUAUUCCGUCAGAUGAAAGAUGGAAACAUGCGGAAGCUAGUAUUAAAAUUCAUACAUCUAAUAGAGAUACAAAAGAUUCAAACAUUCAAACAAAAUCAAUGAUGUUCUUCGAGAAAUAUUGGACCGGGUUUCAGCAGAUUCUAAGAAAAAAAUUAUCAAAAAUACUAAAAAGGAAAUUAAUCACAAUUUAA